AUGCGUUUCACUCCGCUCUUCACCAUUGCCGCACCAGCCCUUCUGAUCGCAGGUGCUGCCAUAGCCCACGCACCCAUCCCCGCCGACACCCUAGAGACCUUGAUCAAAAACCUCAACCAGCCCGACGCCCUCGACGCAUUCAAAGCCGUGCUAAACGGCGAAGUCCCCCCAUUCCUCGACACCCGCGAGUUCGAGGAGCUCGCACGGCGCCAGGAGUGCUGCGAGUACGGCAUCUGCUGUAACAUUGAGACGUGUCAGGAGGACGGCAGCAGCUGUCUCCAGAUGUGCUUUGGGUAUCAGAGUCCUUGGCAGCAGCUUGGGUGUAUUGCGGGAUGCGCUACUACGUGUGGUUAG